GAACCGCCUGUCGUUGCAAAGCUAUGGACACGCCUGAGAACAGUUCAAUGCUGGGGCAAGAGAGCGACUCAGAGGACGAUUUCGACUGGGAAGAAGUCGAAGUCGCAGCGCCCGCACUCCCGCUGGACCUUGCACAGCUGCAGGCCGAGACGGCCGCGGGUCUGAAAGAGUACUAUGGGGAUGUGCACGAGCCUGAGGCGGGCCCGUCGGAGAAGCCUAACAUUGAGAUCACUAUCCAGACGAAGGGCAAGCGCAAGGGCGACAAGGGGAAGAACGAGAGGGCUGUCCAACUGGCGGCAGAGAGACUUAUCCGCCUCGACUGCCACAAGGUUCACACCGUUGCGCUCCUCAUGAACGCGAAAGUGCGCAAUCACUGGCUCAACGACCCUCUUCUUCAGGCCCGUCUCAUGUCCCUGACGCCUUUAGCGCUGCAGAACACGUUUGCAACAAUCCACAAAUCGCGCAUUCCGGAGCCCGCACAGCGCGGUCGCCUCUUCGAGUCCGCGAUCACGCGCCUCGCCGACUGGUGGGCGAGCACCUUUGAUAUCGUCCCGGAAGGCCACAUCCGCUCCCGCACAUUCGAAGCGGUGCAGAAGACGAUCCGGCUCGAGGCGCCUGCCCCGCCCGACCCGAAGGGCAAAGGCAAAGCACGCGCCGUGGAAGAAGACGAAGACGAGGACGACGAAGUGCGGUAUGGCAUCGACGGGGAGAAGAUGCGGAGCGUGAAGAGUCUGAUGAAGCAUGCGCUCAUGCGGCGCGGGUCGCGCGACACGAGCGCGCAGCUGUUCACCGCGCUGUGUCGUGCGCUGGGCAUCCCUGCGCGGCUGGUGGUCAGUUUGCAGAGCGUGCCAUGGCAGGCGGGCGUCGGCAAGCCGAAACCGCCUACGAAGAAGACGACGAAGGCGAAAGAAGCGAAUGGGGAUGCCAAGGGGACAGGAAAGGCAGCAGCGGAGGCUCUUGCAGAAGACGACGAGGACGAUGAUAUGGAGGACGUGAGUAUACCGGGAUCCUCCGCAGUCAGCACACCGAGGGGGCGCACGCCGUUCCCAGGAGGCGGGCAGCGUCUUGACGGGAGCAGCCCCGCGACCAGUGGCCAGGAUAAGGGCAAGAAGAAGGCCCCUCCCGUCAUCCGACUACGAAAGAGCAAGGGUAAAGGACAAACAUGGGGUUCGGCUGCGACGCCUGAGGCCAGCCGACCGCGACCAAGAGAGCGCACUCCCGAUCCGACGACCACCGCGCCGGUCUUCUGGACCGAGGUGUUCUCGCGCGCCGACGCGCGAUGGCUGCCCGUCGACCCCGUACGCGUGAUCGUGAACCGGCGCAAGGCAUUUGACCCGACGCCAAAUCCGGCUGCGCCCAAUGUGAAACCGGACAAACGCCGGCCUGUGCGGGUGGAAAAUCGCAUGGUGUAUGUGCUCGCAUUCGAAGAGGAUGGGUAUGCGCGGGACGUCACGCCGCGGUAUGCACGCGAGUAUGGCGCGAAAGUCGCAAAAGUGCAGCAGGGAGGCAAGGGUCGCCGGGAGUGGUGGGAGCGCAUCUUGCGGAUGGUGAAGAGGCCAUAUCGACUGCAACGUGACGACCUUGAAGACGAGGAGCUGCAACUCAAUCAAAUUACGGAGGCUAUGCCAACCUCCAUGGCAGGCUUUAAAGACCAUCCACUAUAUGUGCUUGAGCGACACCUCAAGCGCGACGAGGUCGUCGAGCCGCCCACGGAGCUGGGCAAAUUCCGCGGGGAGUCUGUCUUCCCCCGUGCGAACGUGCUCUCACUCAAGACCGCGGAGAACUGGAUGCGCCAGGGCCGGAAGGUGCGCGAGGGCGCACAGCCCCUCAAGUGGGUCAAGCAGCGCGCCGUCACCGUCAACAAGAAGCGCGCCAUAGAACUAGCGCUUGCGGACCAACGCGAACGCACUGCUUCCGCGGCGAGCGCGAGUGCAAAGCGGCUUGAGGCGGGAGAAGGCGACGGGGAGGACAUCGAGCUCUCCUGGGACGCAGGGGGCGGUCCUGGCCCCGGCGAAGGCUUCGCGAGUGAGGAAGGCGCGAUGCAGGGCCUGUACGCGGAGCACCAGACGGAGCUGUACAGGCCCGAUCCGGUUGUCGACGGCAAGGUGCCAAAGAACGACUUUGGGAACAUCGAUUUAUAUGUGCCAACGAUGCUUCCCGCCGGCGCGGUUCAUGUGCCCUAUAAGGGCACCGCGAAGCUGGCCCGUCAGCUCAAGUUGGACUACGCAGAAGCAGUGACAGGGUUCGAGUUCAAGAAGCGUCGCGCCUUCCCCGUCAUCACAGGUGUCGUCGUCGCCGCGGAGAACGAGAGCGCGCUCCUCGAGGCGUAUUGGGAAGCGGAGCAGGACGCAGAAGCGAAGCGGCGCGCAAAGCGACAGGAGCAGGUGCUCCGGCGGUGGACGAAGCUCGUGCAGGGCCUCCGCAUCCGCCAGCGGCUCAUCGCACAGUACGCCGACCGCGCCCCGGGGCCCGACGACGCUGCAAACACGCACGACGCACCCCCUCAGGAGGAACACCCGCCCGCUGCAGCAGGCGGCUUCCUGACGGGGGUCGACGACGUCGUGCAGCCGUACACGCUCCCCCGCGCGCGCCAGAUCGUCGAGCACGCUGGGAUGAGCCGGUCCGCGCUCGGCGAGCUCAGGACGGCCGAGGUCGCCGACGACGAUGACGGUGGUGGCGCGGACGCAGAGGCUCGCGGACGCGCGCAGCAGGGCCGGGAAGACGACCUGCUGCUUCUGCGGGGCGAUAAGCUGCAGGCGAUCGACGCCAACGGGGACGACGAGGACGAGGACGUGGACAUGGAAGACGUCGCGCUUGUCGACGUCGCGGCCCCCCAGCUGUACGGCGCGCCCAGGACGAUGCAGGAGCUCGCCGACGAGGCGGCGCGGCGGAAGAGCGUCACGGACGACGCGACGCGCGCCGUCGAGGACCUCACGCUCGCUGGCCCUGCAUCGGCGCCGGAGACCGCUCCCGAACAGAAGGCCAUUGCACCUGGCAGGCGCACGCGUGGCUCGAAGGCAGCGGGCGCUGCGUCCCAGAGCGGCACGUCUGCCCCGGGCCCUGCUGCUGGGCCCAGUAGCGCAGGAGGCAGGGGACAGGGACGGGGACGAGGACGAGGCAAGGCUCCGGCGAGGCGAGCUCCGCGGGGCGCCCGGACGCGGAAGCGGAAGCGGGCGGACGUCGAAGACUCCGAGGGCGAGGAAGAGCCCGAGCAUGAUGAAGAAGGCGGUGGGGGGGCUUCUGAGGAGAUGCAGCCAACGCCAUCCCCUACGAAGAGGGCAGCACGGGUGCGGGCCCGCCCGCCUCCGCCGCCGGUGCCGCCCUCUACACGGGUCCUGCGCACGCGUGCGGGGAAGAGUGCGGGGAAGGUGCAGGAGGAGCGGGAGGCGGAGGACGCGUACCGGCGCGCGGUUGCAGAGUAG